AUGCCCGUGACGAAGAGUUUCGAGAAGUGUCCGCCAGCGUCGAGCAAACCGACGCUGACCUGGACACCGGAAGAAGGCAUCCUCCGGUCUACCAGUCAUCCGCGGCCGGGACGAUCUAGUUGCUGCCCCAGCUUGACGGGAUUCGCGUCCGGGACGCAGACGGUAGAGGGCUCGGAAACUCCGAUGUCCGACGAAGGGUGGAGGGAGGCGUUCGGGUUGCAAGGGCCAAAAGGACCGAAAAAGAGACCGUUUCAUCUGACCGCAAGACGCAUGGAAGGACAGACCCGACCCGGGACGACUGACGAACCAACUGGAAAUUGA